AUGGCAUUAUUGGAGGCAAUUCAGCGAAAUAUCAGCAGGCAUGGCUUGUUACCGGCUUUGGUGCGGUCUUUGCCUAAAGUUUCUUCCAUUUUGACUCUCUUAGGGUUGAUAUGGAUUCUUGUUUUACCAUUAGAGGGCCAAUUUCGUUCCACAUACAUCUCGGAAAACGCGUUGAUGCCAUCGCAGGCGUACUCUUUCUUUAGAGAAUCAGAGUGGAAUUUUGUGAGAGGCUAUAGAGACCAGAUCAUUGAACAUAUUGGCGAUUCAAUGGAGGACCGACAUGCGAUGGUUUCUGGCUGGAUGGACACCAUAGGUUACAAAACCUUUCAACACAGAUCAGAGAAACAACUGGUCUCUACAUAUGGAAUCUACCACGUUCCUAAGGGAGAUGACACCGAAGCAAUGGUUAUUGUUGCUCCUUGGAGAACAAGUGAGGGCGAGCCCAACAUUGGCGGAUUGGCUCUCACAAUGGGGUUGAUUCGCUACUUCCAUCGACUGUCUAUAUGGUCCAAGAAUAUCAUUGUGGUUUUCCCCGAGGACGGCCAAGAUACACUUCGGAACUGGGUCGAUGCGUAUCAUACAACGCUGGACGAGACUGCAGGCUCCAUCGAGAGUGCUAUAGUGAUUGAAUAUCCUUCGGAGAGCGACGGACUUGACUAUGUCGAGCUCGAUUACGUUGGAGUGAACGGCCAAUUACCAAACCUUGACCUGAUAAACUGCGCGGUCAUGAUUAGUGAGCACGAAGGGUUUAGAGUUUCUCUCCACAACACUCCAAAGGGACAACUUUGGGCGAACGACUACUCCAGCAGACUCACCACUCUGUUGAAAGGCAUAUACGCGAUGGCUACUGCGGGAAUCCUGCCCGAAGUCGGCGGAGGCAAUGGAUGCGAGGCAUUCAGUGGCUGGAACAUUCAAACGGUCCUUUUCAAAGCUCGUGGAACAGAGGGCCGCGAUAUCACCACAUUGGGAAGAGUUAUCGAGGCCUGUUUCAGAGCAGUCAACAACCUACUGGAGAAGUUCCACCAGUCUUUCUUCUUUUACUUGCUUCUUGCGCCUGCCAAGUUUGUCUCUAUUGGAAACUAUUUGCCGGCUGCCGUUCUAACUGCGGCCAGUUUUGUUGUUUCUUCGGCCAGUGCCAUUUUGACCAACAACAACGUCAACAAUGCGCUCUCCAACUUUAACGAUGCGAAACUCAAGGUCGACACCAUUCCUCUCAUUUACGGACUGUCAGUCUUUGCGGCCACCAUCUUGGUGUCCAUAGUGUUUGGAACGUCUCUUAUGCGUCUUUCCCUUUUGCUACCUCUAGAUACCAACAGACAACUAUACACACAAAUCACAUGGGGAUUGAUCAUACUGAGCGUUGUUGUCUCAUCUAUUCCUUUGUUGCUGAGAUACCGACUACAGCCAUCCACAGGGGUUUCUCAGUUUGUCAGGAUUAUCAACGGCUGUUCACUAUUUUAUCUUGCAUUUGCACUUGUCAGUUUACUUGUGCUCCAUUUCUCGUUGAGUUUCCUGAUCUCGAUUGCCGCUUUCCCACUAACGUUCAUCAGAUACGGGCCAAUAGGUUCCAAUCGCAAAAACAGCUUAUGGCUGGUCCUGUCUUCUCCAUUUUUGUGGCUAGCUAUUCUUGGAAUUGCGCGCAAGCUGGAGUUCCAGCUGGAUGUGCUGCGAAACCUGAUCCAGUACUGGAGCUUCCCGCUCAUGCAGCGCGAGAUACAGAGUAAGAUACUCGAUGUGAACUGGCUGGACCCAGAGCUAUUCCAAGGUCCGGUUGAGAUGUUCUAUGGACUCAUCACCGGAUACAGACGUAUCCAGAACUGGACGUGGAUUAUUGUGAGUUUUGGAAAGUUAAUUAGAAACCGCAAACUCUAUUAUCACUCACUUCUAUUUGUGUUGUUUGACAAACUUCUCGUGGAAGGUCUUCCAGUCCUCGAUCCAGGCGGUUCCUGGAGCAAGGAACGUGGUUCUGAUGUGCCAGGUGCCUUCGACCUGGCCGAAACCAGAGCCUGGAACGGUACAGAUACCGGUGUUUUCCAGCAGUUGGGCGCAGUAGUAUUCGUCUGGCUCCAUGCCGAGCUUGGCAGCCUCAGCGUACACUUUUUCACUCAAAGUCAGGCUUGGGAACAAGUACAUGGCACCCUCUGGCUGCUGGCACGAGACACCCUCCAUGGUGUUGAAGGCCUCGUACAGCUUGGACGAUCUCUCUCUAAGAGCGUCGGAAAUAGCCUGAGUUUCUUUCUUGUACAGUUCGUAGGACUCCUGGCCUUCGGUUGGAGGGUUGAUCAUGAGCUCCACCAAGGCUUGGCCAGCAACAGGCGGACACAACGAGAUGGAAGCCAGUUUCAGCAGCUGUGCACGCACAGACUCCUCGAACCCAACCAGCUCCAUGUAGCCACCUCUUUGGCCACACUCACCGGAAACACCCUUCGAAGUGGAGUGCAACGAGGCGAGCUGGACCUUAUCGAACUUACCGGAUCGGUCGAGUUCCUUAAGCUGGCUCAACACCUUCUUGACAGACACAAACUCGCCCUUGAACACGUUUUCCUGGUACACCUCGUCUGCAAUGACCACGAGGCCGUGUUCUGCGGCGACGGCCAGCAGGUCGGCAAUGGUUUCUGGCUUCAAGAUGGCACCGGUUGGGUUUCCCGGGUUGAUCAGCACCAAACAGCGGGCCUCGACUCCCUGGGCUUUGGCGUCCUGAACGAUCUUGGCGAUACUCGAUGCGUCGAUCGACCAGUCGUCCGACUCGUUGAGGAACGACAGCAGGUUCAGCAAGUACGAGACGGCGCUGGACGCACCGGCCGUCAAGAAGAUAUCGUCAGGGCUGCUUUUGUAGCCGUCUCUUUUGGAGAUGAAGUUUGCAACACUCUCUCUAAGAUAAGGAACACCUUGGGAAUGGGAAUAAGCACCGACGGAGCCAAUGCUUUCGAGCAUCUUCUUGGCUCUCUCGACAAGAUCCUUCGGGAAAGUGUCAACAACGGCUUUGUUGUCCAUCAGUUCUGGAUACUCCAACAAACUCAGAACCUGUCUGUAGAAAGUGAGGGGUUUUUGGUCCAACUGCUGAGGGUUACCAAUAUUGGCAUUGAUGAUUUUGUCAAAGGGCACAGACGACGGGUCCUGGGCCAAUUGGGCCCUCAGUUCCUCGGCUCUGAUCGGGAUUCUGCCUCUAACAGCAUACUUUGCGUUCAAAGCGUUUGGGUUCAGGUCCGAGUCAACUAG